CCAGCUGCAAUGGCACGCGACCGAUCGUUUGCUCUGCUCGACUGUCCACCCGAGUGUAUGUGCGAUAGGAGCUCACCGGAAGUGGGGAAUGAUGGCUCUAACAGUACUUCAAAACCAUCAGUAUCGGAUUACGAAGCAGAUGGAAGUGUCCCAUCGUUUCACGCUCUGUGCAUGGUUGGACAAGGGGCAGGAUUCGAGAAGAUUGAGGAUCUUCUGUCGCUGGACACGACAGUGUUGAAGAUCAUAUACACUUCCCAAACGGAACAGUACCAGUUAAACGCAUCCAACUUGGUCCGUUUUCGCCAUCUUCGGAAACUACACGUCCAGUCGGUGAAGGCCCAACUGCUACGCUUUUCACUCGAUGCCGAGUUGCCUGUUGCACAUCUUCAUCUAGAAUCGCUGGAACUGCACCGAGAUUCACCACCGACCGUACUCGAUCGUACGCUGCCAUCGCUGGCGGAGCUAGGACUGCCACCCUUGGCAGAACCCAGUGGAAAUGAGGCCAACACUUAUCAAAUCGUUGGUGACGAGGAGGAAGAGAUCGUGGUCAACAGUGGCACCGAUACGCUUACCGAAACGUUCGAGCUGGAGAUCGUACCGUACGAGGUGUACAAGCGUGAACUGGCCAGCACUAGCAAUGUUUCGUUUUACGGAUGGACCAACCUAACAGCACUUGCCAUUCACGAUUGUCAGCUUGAAUCGUUACAUCCCGACUUUCUGUACGGACUCGAUCGGCUGCAUCGACUGUCGCUGCAACACAACAACCUCAAGAUAUUGCCACCGUUCGCGUUCUACGGUGCUCCCAACAUGCGUUUGCUGUCCCUGGCCCGGAAUCGUUUGCUGGAGGUCAGUUACUACUCGUUGGCGGGGUUGCUCGAGCUGCAGGUGCUCGAUCUGUCUGCGAACAACAUCUCCAAGGUGUCGGAGCUUACCUUCCCACCGUUCCCGAAGCUGGCCAAGCUUGAUUUGCGUCAGAACCCUAUCGAGUACGUGUUCGACAGUUCGUUCGCUAUCGCCAACAUGACGCGGUCGUUGUUCAUCGGAAGCGACGUAGUAGGUCUGCGCGUUGGAACACCCAAACCCUUCCAAGGAUUGGCCCAAAUGGAGCUGUUGGAGAUCCGCAAUCUACACCUGCCUGCCCUCAAUCAGUACCUAUUUCGCGGACUUCGAUCCCUUCGCACGCUGCGACUCCUGCAGGGUAACAUCUCUUUCGUCGAGUAUGACAGUUUUGCCGAAAUGAAGAAUCUGACCGAGCUGUACGCGUCCCGCUGCUCAAUCGCUACCAUUUCCAUGGACGCAUUCUUCGGUGUAAAGAGGCUACAGGUGAUUGACCUAUCAUACAAUCAACUUGCCGUGCUCCCGGUGGGAUUGUUCGACGAGCAGCUGCAGCUACUCGAACUCUACCUCCAGGGAAAUCAGCUCACUCAAUUGCCCACCGACUUCUUCCGCCGUCUAGCACCGGCCGUACAGAUUGUGCGGCUGAUCGAGAAUCCUUGGCAGUGCAGCUGCUCAAUGGUACAGUGGCGUCAAGCGGCUACAAACCGGCUAAAGGUUUCCUCCACAUCCAACAACCCACUGGCCGCUUACGUGUACAGCAACAAACUGACGCCACGCUGUAGUGAUCCGGUUAAGGGCAUUCAGAACCGUGGCGUGUACUACGUAAUCCGGAAGAAUCUCCAGUGCACCGUGGACACUAAUCGAGGCGUACAGAAAGCUCUCUUGCGUAUCAGUGAAAUGAAUCGUCGAAAGCAGCAAACACUUUUACAGGCACGAUACUCAGCUCCAACGAUUGUCCGUGUGCCCGUCGUCCCGAACGUUAACCCGAACCCACCAUACCAUCAGCGGCCACAGCAUUCCCUACUCUACCAGCAGAAGCGUCAACGGCUGCAGCAAAAGCUUCAUUACAAGCUACGAUACGGACCGACUGCAGCAAAUGCCACGCAACGCAUUAUUAGCAACGAGAUCGAGAACUAG